ACCACCCCCCAAAAAAUGGAUCUGUGCCUGGGCCAUGUGUUCAGCAAGGACAAGACUUUCCGGCCUCGGAAACGUUUUGAACCCGGGACCCAGCGUUUCGAGCUGUAUAAAAAGGCGCAGGCAUCUCUGAAGUCUGGCUUGGACCUGCGGAGUGUAGUGCAGCUCCCCCAGGGAGAGAACAUCAAUGACUGGAUUGCUGUGCACGUGGUGGACUUUUUCAACCGCAUCAACCUCAUCUACGGCACGGUGAGCGAGUUCUGCACGGAUCGCUCCUGCCCCGUCAUGUCCGGGGGCCAGCGUUAUGAGUACCGCUGGAAAGACAACAACCUGUAUAAGAAGCCCACCAAGCUACCCGCCCUCAAGUACAUGAGCCUACUGAUGAACUGGAUCGAGACGCUCAUCAACAACGAAGACAUCUUCCCCACAAGAGUAGGGGUUCCAUUCCCCAAGAACUUCCAGCAUGUGUGCACAAAGAUUCUGAGCAGGCUGUUCCGAGUCUUCGUCCACAUCUACAUUCACCACUUCGACAGCAUCUGCAGCAUGGGGGCGGAGGCGCACGUCAACACCUGCUACAAGCACUACUACUACUUCAUCACAGAGUUCAGCCUCAUCGAGCACUCAGAGCUGCAGCCCCUGGUGAGCUGCUGUGACAGGGAUCAAACCCUGAGUUACAGCAACUGCUCACUGACAAUUUACUGAGCUUUUUCUCUCGAGUGUAAAAUUUGCAUCAAAAAGUAUUUUUGUAGAGGGACAAGGCUUCGUAAAAAAUAUGGCUUAGGUCCCAAGUUAUGCCACACGGUUUGCACAAAUGUAAUUCUGUGGAACUCUGUGGAGAAGUUCAUGUAUCCCUGCAGGCAGUGUGCCUGGGUGUAGAAGUCAUUAUCCCUAUCAAGGUCACCAAUAUAAAAUAAGCAGGGAGGAGGAACAGCUCAGCAGACAGUUCAGUGGAGGUGCUUUGAUUUCCACUCAGUAAUGAGGUCCUGAAGUGUGAAGAAUUCAGGAUGAGCAUUCAAAUUUCAAGAUUAAAAAGGCCGGAUUCCUUUAUGUAGCAGAGAGAGGCAUCAGUGUUUUGAACUCUCCUGACCCAUUCCAAAAAAGAGAAAAUAGAAAAGGUUUGUUAGUGAAUUAUUCAAAAGUCUUCGCCCCUGCUUCAUAGACUGAUGAAUCUGAACAAGUGCCUCCAAGCCCCCUUUCCAAAAACAUAUUUUCUAGGCUUAACUUUGUAUUUGUUUUUUAGUAAUUGUUGGAGCCUGAUAAAACAAAUCUAACAAUGUGUUAUAUUGAUAGUCUUUUUAAAAGUCAUGAUCAGUAUAACACAUUUUAAUAAUAUGCUUUGUUUCUAAAAAUGUACACAGUAAUAACACACGUUAUUACAUUACCCAUGAUUUGCUCAUCUGUUAGGAUCUUGGCUGACUAACCGUAAACACAUGAGCUAAUGUAAUGUUAGACGCCUCACAGCUUGGAUACGGCUAGGCAGAAUUAAGAUGUUAUGCAGUAAAGCUGGAGAAUGAAACGCCAUGUUAGGGAGAGGUUGGCACUUGGCACUGUGACAUUUACACGUGAAUCAGUUCAGGGCUUUCACUGUGCAAAAGUAUCAUCUGUCAACCUGCACUAUAAGACAAAAAAAAAAAAAAAAAAAACUCUGCUAGUUUAGCUUUUUCAGCUCUAAUUCACAUUGUGAACUAAAUCUGGGAAAGCUGCCAAAACCUAGAUCUGCAGUGUGCAGCUCACUACCUGUUAACACUACAGCUAGACCUCUAUUAGGCUUAAGAGUCUUGUAUUUGGCUUAAACCAAAUGUGAUUUCAGGUGAUCUUUCUAUCCUUUGAAUUCAGAGCAAUGGGGAGAUUUGCACAUUUGCUGGUAGCCCUAAAUAUGUGUCACACUGGAAAAAGAAAAGAAGAAUGAAAUAUCAGUGUUUUGUGACCACCCCAUCAGCAGCUACAUUGUCUGUGUGUGCUUGUUAGUGUAAAAGGCUGUGUUAUUGUGGAAACAGAUUUUAUUAAAUCAGGUCUUUAAUAUUCAAA